CAGGGAACUGUGUGGCCCAAUGCUUCACUAUACGAUACUGACGAACCUAUCAACUAAUGCCUCCAUUUUACCUGUAUUUAGCCGCUCUCCAAGCACUACAGCACUGCAGCCUCCAGAUGGCACUCCACGGUAGAGCUUCUUGCUGGUAUCGGGCAUGAUGUGCCGCAAUGUCUUUGAAGAUCUUCCAGCUGGACUCACUGCAUUUGUCCUAUCCCAAAGAGGAAAUAAAAUUAUCUGUCACUUCAAGUGCAGCGUUCAGACUGCCACCCGGCAUCCUUACGUCUUUGGAUAGGAUCGACGUGGCCAGUGCCUUAAGGUCUGGAACUAUGUGGGUAGGUCUCGACACAGCAUGCCGAAUUGACUUCCAAAUUUUAUUCAAUGGUAAACCGCUAGACAAAGUGAACCGUAUCCAAGUUCUAGAAUCUCUGGGGUAUCAUAUUCGUGAUGCGGGUCUAUGGUCUCAGCUGUCAUUGUCAAGCUCGCUCGAGAUUCCUCAGUUGGACUAUCUCGCAGCAUCGAAAAACGACUUCUCGAUUCAUAUCAGUCAAGGAGUCUCCUCCACAGCCUCCCAACCUCAGCCACGCGGUUGGGUAUUGGACAAUAUCGCCGUCAGAGCUCCAGAUUGUGUCCUCUGUACUCAACUGGAGAGACUGCAUGUUCAAUUAGACUUUCAUACAAUUCAGGGGGAAACUCCACACACACAAAAAAGACUGAAGCCAUGUCCACAAAAAAAAGACCUAUCAGAGUCGGCGCUGCUGCUCGACCGGCCCUUGCGUUGGGACAAGACCCAUCUAGAGCACUUUGAAAAAGUUGUGGAUGUUCAAUCCUGUGGCCCUCCAGGCUUGAUAGAUAAGUGCGUUGAGCAACCCAAAACCACAUCAGGUCAAGAACCCAACCCAACUUUAUCCAACCGCACGGUAUUUUCAGCCCGGAAAAAGCAUCAAAACUCUGAAACGACCGUUUCUUCCACAUCCACCAUCGCUGCACGCCAUGACGUCAAAGGAAGAAAAAUCCAAGGGCGAUACCCCAAAGAAAUAACCGACAAACUGAAAGCGUGGCUGGAGACCAAUACCUCCUGCCCUUAUCCUACCCCGGAUGAGAAGUUGGAGUUAAUGAAGGAAACUGGUUUGCAGAGGAGUCAGUUGAAUAGUUGGUUCAGCAAGGCUCGCAGCCGUUCGCUUCGAUCACCGAAAGUUGAAACUGUUGCGGAUGAAAUGUUGCUAGAACAUGUAGACGAGCACACUCACCUGCCCGAACAAUUUGAUAUAUUCGACACCGAUGAUAUGUUACUCUCUAUACCUGAUGAAAAGGUCUCACUAAAUAGAAAAUCGGAACAGCUCUGCCAUGGCGACAAGAGCUUGCCAGAGUACACAGAUAAUGUACCCUCGUUGACAUCCCAUUCGUCCACUGAAACUUUCUUGAUGUCUACUACCUCCUCGGUCUCUCGAAAACGGCCUCUGCUGCUUUCUACUGGAGAUACUAAUCAUGCAAUACUUUCACUUCCGUCUUCCUGCGAGCUUGUUUCCAGCGCUCUCUGUAUCCUUAUAGGCGGUUAUUCUAGUAGGCGAAGCCUGGCAAAUAUUACUGUCGAAAAAGCGCCUCCAAAAACCACGUUAUCUAGUCUCGCACCGGCAAUUUUCUGUCCUGGAUACAAGGAGUUGAUGGCACAUAAUUCUCGAUUUCUACCCACAAUUCUUCAUGCAUUUUCGUCGUCUUGGGUGCGGAAUUGCCAGGGUCCGGGAUUGAGAAGCAAGUUAAUUGCACUGACGAAUGCGAAAGUAUCUGAGUUGGAUGAUGUAUAUCGAGAAGGAUCUGGGCAGCACGGAUCAGUGGAGAGACUAAGCGCUGUGGUACAGACAAGACUGUGGGGUACCAUGCAGAGAAAGCUAUUUGACCCGGCUGUUGCCAGUAAGCUACAAUGCGAAACUUCCUAUAUGGAUAGAAGAGUGGAUGCAGAGGAGCUAGGCGAAGACGAGGAUCUCCUGGCCCCAAGUGAUAAAGAGAAGGAACUCGAUAGCAAGAGGAGGAUGAGCAUAGACCGGGGGGGCCUUAUUGGAGAUGAAUUCAUGGUUGAUGACGAGUUGUUAUUCGUAAAUGAUAAUAGGGACGCGGAACAGGAAGGACUGCUAGAUUAUUUCGAUGAUAAGGAAAGGCUAGCAGUCGAGAGGCAAACUGACGAGGUGUUAUUUUGGGAUGGGGAUGGAGAUUAUAAUGAUGACGGAGGUUCAGACAUAGUCUUAUCAUUUGACAGUGAAGUUGAAGAAGAAAGCAUGUUACUCUAGAACGGUUGGUGCAUCACGGAAGAUUUUUUUCAGGAGGUGAGAACAAUCAAAACCACCUACUUAUCGUUUCAACCAGCUCCAAUUUCCUUAAGCGCAUUUGAAGGUUGAGAAUUAGCCAGAAAAUCUCUCAAUAACGGA